AACGAGGAACUGGGCCAGUUCGGACACGAUCUGCUCCAUUUGGACAAGUACUUGUAGCGUAUCGAGAGAGGUCCAGAAGUGAAGUACUUCGGGAACGAGCUGAAACUUGCUGAAGAAUGCCAAGACACUCUUCCACGACAAUCAUAUCCAACUCACAUCUCUUCACGAUCUGCACUUACUCUGGGACAUUUAAUAUUGUUUUAUUCUCAUUCCUCAAAGUCUCCUUACUUACUUCGCUCCUUUCUAUGGCCGCUGUACCACAUGGCAAGAUCCUCAAACGAGCUGAUCCAUCUACAAUCCAAGACAAAUUCCUAGUGGGCUACCAAGGCUGGUUCACCUGCGCAGGGGAUGGCAAGCCCAUUGGUCCAGGUCACCACGGCUGGCUGCACUGGUUUACCUACCCGAUCCCUGAUGGUGGACGACCGAACACCGAUCUGUGGCCCGACACUUCUGAGUAUUCACCGUCAGAGUUAUAUCCUGCUCCUGGGUUGAAGUAUGCUUCUGGAGACCAGGCAUUCUUGUUCUCUUCGAGACAUCGGAAGACAGUGAACAGACAUUUCCAUUGGAUGGCUUUGCAUGGUGUGGAUGGAGCGUUCCUCCAGAGAUUCGUCGGACAAUGUGACAUAGAGAAUGGGAAUCAAGGUAUUAGGGAUCUGAGAGACGAAGUUGGAGAUCGGGUUCGGGAGGCCGCUGAGCAGGAAGGAAGAGUUUUUGCCAUAAUGUACGAUGUAGCUGGCGUUGACCCAAAUCGAGUUGCAGAUAUCAUCCAGCAGGACUGGCUUCAUCUCAUACACGAGAAAGGUAUUCUCGACAGUCCGAACUAUCUCCGAGAGAAGGGCAAAGCAGUCGUGACCAUAUGGGGUUUCGGCUUCGCCGACACGCACCAUGAUCCAGCCUCAGUUCGCGCAGUCACGUCCUUCAUUCGGGAUAAUACUCCAGGAGGCGCAUAUAUUAUGGCUGGCACGCCGGCACAUUGGCGUUCUUCAUACCACGAUGCAGAUCCGAAUCCGGAGUUCGUGAAAGUCUGGUUGGAAGAGUUCGAUGCGAUUUCGCCUUGGACUGUGGGUAGGUAUACCACAUUGGAGGAUGUGGAUAGUUUCGCGGAGAAUAAUAUCAAGGGUGAUGUGGAACUCAUUCGGAAGAGGAAUGAAGAUUUUGAGAACGGAAUGGGAGGAAAGCGAAAGGUUGAUUAUAUUCCGGUCAUCCUCCCUGGUGGUUCUGGCUUCAAUCUGUCUGAAGGCAACUGGUCUUGGAACGGAAUUCCUCGAAGAGGCGGCAAUUUCCUAUGGCGACAACUGUUUAACGUUCGUCGGCAGAAUGUCCGCACUAUUUAUGGUGCUAUGUGGGAUGAGUACGACGAAGGUACGGCAUUCAUGCCUGUUGUAUCAAAGAAGCGAGAGCUACCUGUACACGAGAAAUAUAAUUUCAUGGCAUUAGAUGAAGAUGGUUUUGACUUGCCCCCAGAUUGGUAUAUGCGAAUCUGUGGUUUUGCCGUCGAAAGUCUUCAUGGAGAACGCCUCAUCCACGAAACUUUCCCAUCGAAAGAGCUGCAGGAUUACUGGUCAUCCAGACCAAAAUAUGAAGACAAAACAGAUGAGCCAGGUUGCUCAAGUGGAUCGGGAAGUAAUAAGGAGAAGGGCGAGUCUUGGGAAGAGUGGGAAAAGAUUGAAAAGCUGAAAGAAGUCUCGGAUGAACCCCCUCCUCCACCGUAUACACUCGAAGCUGAUGAGACUAGAGCACCAACACCAGGACCUUCCACUCGACCUACCACUGGUCCCGCUGAUCCUACUGCGGAUGCACCUCCCGUCACUGCUCCAAGACCACCAUUGGCACCUACGGAUACAAGACCGACCUUGCCACCUUCUACUUCGAAACCCACACUGCCAGUAUCCUCGAAGCCAAGUUCUCAGUAUUCUUAUGCAGCGCCGCCUCCAAUUGUAGUGAGUUCGAGACCGACACAUCCACCAUCACAUCCUUCUUCAGCACAUAGUCAACACGGUUUCGACCACUCAGUCUCAGUCCUGACAGACGGCUUCGGUAGACAAUCUCUCACUUCCUCACCUUCGCCCAGGCUAGAGCCACCUCCACUUCACCCUGCUCACCCAGAAGCAAAGAAAAGACCGAUCUCGCCUCAACCCAAUUCAUACAUGGGACCACCCGAACCUCAUUCCCCAUCUUUUCCAAGCUCAUCAUAUCAAGCUCCUCAGGCACCGUUCGACGCAGGUCCUACUUCGUUCCCCAUACCGGGCGGAUUCGCGUCCCAGUAUAAUGGGCAAAGUACCGGUUCAGGUUCAGGUUCCGGUUCAUGGUCCCAACCCAGUUGGCCGCCGGCAGAAUGGGGUGUUUCGUCGCACUCUCAUCCUCAGUCUCAAUCUCCCUCCCCGCCUCUACAUAGUAGACCGUCUUUCUCAGGACAACAUACAUCUGACUCUCAGAGCAAUGCUGGAUACAGACCUGGAUACGUCCCAGCAUACCAAUCACCAGGUCCUGCACCUGCACCGCCGUUAUCUUCUUACCCAUCACACAUGUCAUCCUUCUCUAGUCCAUAUGGUGGCCCAGUUCAUACGCCGUCGCCGCCUAUACCCUCUUCAAGCCCGUAUGGUCAUGGAGCAGAGGGUGCAGGAGGGUUCCAGUUCCCUCAAGGUCCUGCUCAGCACGCGUCGUAUGGGGGUCCUCAACCGAAUGUGCCUUAUGCACCCUAUGGACCGAAUGCGCCCCCUCCGUCUGGGUACCCCGGUAGUGGAAGUUCGCCCUAUCCGCCGUAUGGAUCGGGGCCUCCGCCUCCUGGACCGGGGCCAUAUGGCUCGCCUGCGUACCCUGGUUCGAGUCCAUACCCUAACGGUCCUCCUCCACCCAGACCGCCUCAGGCUCAUCAAAGUGGUUAUCCUAGCAAACCGCAAGGGUCGAACUAUCUGAAUUCGGCAUUGAACGCUAUUGGGAGUGCGACGGGACAGAGUGGGAAGCUGCAAUCGUUGGCACAAUCCGGAGGCAAAGUUUGGGACAAGCUUAGAAAAUAAAUCAAGUCAACGCGUGGUGUUAUACAUUGCACGACGGUGGUAUCUAUCAAUUCUAUUAGUACGAGUAUCAUUAUUACCGAGCGUAUUUUAUAGAGCAGCGUUAUAGCCUUACAAGAGCACCAAGGAACGUUCAUGGUAUCUACACCAACUACAACCGUAAACAACUAGUACAACUCCCAUUGAACCAAAAGAGAGAGAAACCUGAAGCAAAUGGAAAGGUAUACCGCGCCGUAUAUAGGGUAUGGGAGAUUGGGGUAUAGGGUAUUAACUGACCACUAACCACUGGAUAUAUCUAUCGUACAUCCGAAGCUGAUCAAGGUAUGAUCAUGAACAACAUGAGAACCG